AUGGAUAAAAAUCAUUCAAAUUUACCUCAUUAUAAAGAGAAACAGGAUGAAUCAAAUGCCGAUUCAUCAUUAUAUAGUAUUAGUAGUUCUCUACCUUUAAUUGAUAGUAAUGCUAAAGAUUUUACUGAAACGACCUUAGAGCUAGCCCAAGAACCCUUUCAACAAUCUUUACAAAAUUCUUUUCCCAUACCAACAAUCCUCGACAUUAUGGCUACUUCUGAAGUUUUAAUGGAUAAUGAAUCGAGAUUGACCCAUAAUUCUUUUCAACAACCUUUACAAAACUCUCCUUUUCCCGUACAAACAAUCCUCGACAUCAUGGCUACUUCUGAAGUUUUAAUAUAUAAUGAAUCAAGAUUGACCAAUAAUUCUUUUCAACCAAUAAACCUUGACAUUAUGACUACUCCUGAAGCUUUAAUGGAUAAUGAACCGAGAUUGGCUUAUAAUUCUUCUCAACAGGAUUUAUUCAUUACACUUCCUUUUCCUCCAAGAAUUGAUAUUAAUAACCUAGCUAAACCGAAUUGUGGGAUAAAAGCCUUUAACAUUUAUCGUAAAGCUUAUAUUGAAGAGCUUUACUCGCAAAGAGUCAACUUCCAAGAGUCAAAAAUAUCAUCAGUUAUUGCUAAUUCUUGGAUAAAAGAACCAAAAUAUGUAAAAAAAGAAUACCAAAGACUCGCAGAGAAUGCAAGUGCAUCUGGGCGUUAUGGAACUAACAGAAGGCAUGCUUGUAGUGAGUGUCAAAGAUCAAGAAUAAAAUGCGUAGGCAGUGGUCCAUGUGAACGAUGUGUUGAAAAAAAGUUCAGAUGCAUAUUUAUCCCACAAAAAAAGCGAGGUCCUAAAACUUGUAAAUCUCUACGUAGCUCAUAA